AUGCUCUGCAAGCUGUUCGUUGCCGCGCUGCUGGCCACCGCCUGCCUGGCGGCGGAGAAGGCCGCUGAGGAUCUCAGCAGCCAGGCGUCGUCCACCAGCUACUCCAGCAGCUCCCUCGGCAGUGUGUCGUACGGUCCGGCCAGCUCGUACGGCGCACCUCAGACCAGCUACGGCGGUCCUGCCCAGUCCUACAGUCCGUCUGGCAGCUACGGGGCGCCCGCCGCGCCCUCCUCCUCGUACGGUUCGGCUGUGACCACCUAUGGCGCUCCCUCCAGCAGCUACGGUGCUCCCUCCUCCUACAGCGCUCCUGCUGCCAGCUACAGCGCCCCUAGCUCGUCCUACGGUGGUCCUGCUGCCAGCUACAGCGCUCCUAGCUCGUCCUACGGCGCUCCUGCCGCCAGCUACAGCGCUCCUAGCUCCUCCUACGGUGCUCCUGCUGCCAGCUACAGCGCUCCCAGCUCGUCCUACGGUGCUCCUGCUGCCAGCUACAGCGCUCCCAGCUCUUCCUACGGUGCUCCUGCUGCAGGACGCGGAGGUGGCUCGUACGUUGCUCCCGUGUAUCGCAGCUCCAGCAGGUACGGUGGUACGUCACCAGGUAUCGGCCAGUAUCGGGCGAGCCACAUGGAAUGA